GGGCCGUGGGAAGGGGGGGGGGCAAACAUGGCCGACGAAGCAGGGGAAGUAAACACAGCUGUUGAGGAUGGCGAAGCACAACAGGAGCCAAAUGAGCCUGAAGUUUCAGAAGCCGCGACCGACGGCGAAUUCUCCGGCAGCGACGGGGCGGACCGGACAGAGAAGUCGGCUCCGGCGGCGGCAGAGAACAGUUGGUCGGCACCGCUCCUGUCUCUGGCUCGGAAGGCCACAGAGACGAUUAGCAGCGGAGUGAGCUACGCUGCUGCUCAGAGAAAUCCCUCCCAAGGAUCCGCUGCGAGUUCCCCGACGGAAAGGGAGCCCGAAAAUGAUCUCAACAGCACUGCAAAAAAGCUACCCGUUCUGCCCCCCAAAGACCCCAUGUCAAUAGAGAGAUCCAACCUCCUCAGCAUGAUGAAGCUGAGCAUCAGAGUAUUAAUCCAGUCCUCGCUGAGUCUGGGCAGGACGCUGGACUCGGAGUACCCUCCCCUGCAGCAGUUCUUUGUCGUCCUGGAGCAUUGCCUCAAACAUGGGCUGAAAGCCAAGAAAUCCUUCAUUGGUCAUAACAAAUCCAUAUGGGGACCAUUGGAACUGGUUGAGAAGUUGUGUCCAGAGUCUGUUAACAUCGCCACAAGUGCCCGAGACCUGCCUGGCAUUAAGACUGGUUUGGGGAGAGCAAGGGCUUGGCUGCAUUUAGCUCUCAUGCAGAAGAAAGUAGCUGACUAUAUGAAAGCUUUGCUGGACCGCAAAGACCUCCUGAGUGAGUUUUAUGACUCAGGAGCAUUGAUGGUGGAGGAGGAGGGGGCGGUGAUGGGGGGGCUGCUGGUGGGCCUCAAUGUAAUUGACGCUAACCUUUGUAUUAAAGGGGAGGAUCUUGAUUCUCAGGUGGGAGUAAUUGACUUCUCCCUUUAUCUGAAAGACCCUGCUAACAGUGAGACUCCGAAAGAUGAUUCCAAGAUGACGGCCAUAUUAGAUCAGAAGCACUACAUUGAGGAGUUGAAUCGUCAUCUGAGUGGCACCGUCACUGACCUCCAGGCUAAGAUGGACUCUCUAGAAAAGACCAACAGCAAACUAGUAGAGGAGCUGACAGCAGCAACAGACAGAAUCAACUCUCUGCGGGAGGAACAGGAGCAGCUAAGACAGGAGAAUGAGUCAAUCCUGCAGUCCAGCCAGAAAAAGGAAGAGGCAGCCCUUCAGGACAGUCAGGUGGAGCUGGAGACAUACAAACAGAGUCGGCAGGGCCUGGAUGAGAUGUAUAACGUGGUUUGGAAGCAGUAUAAAGAGGAAAAACACAUUCGCCAGGAGCUGGAGCGUGAGUUGGAACUCCAGGUGGGCCUGAAGCAGGAGAUGGAGGUGGCCAUGAAGCUGCUGGAGAAGGACACGCAUGAGAAACAGGACACACUGGCAGCCCUGCGGCUCCAGCUCGACCAAGUCAAGACUCUUAACCUGCAGAUGUUCCACAAAGCUCAGGACUCGGAACGAGAAGCAGAAAAAAAGCAGGAGGAGGCCGUUCAGCUGGAGCAGAAGAUGGAUAAAAUGGAGAAAGUCAUGAAGGAGCUAGAGCAGAGACUACAGAACUCGGAGCGAGAGCGCAAACAAAGUGACCAGUCAGACAAAGAUAUGAGGGUGGAGCUGGAGGGGAAAGUGGAUGCUUUGCAGAAACAACUGACUGACCUGGAUACACUAAGGAUGGGUUUGGAGAACGAGCUACGCACUGAGAGGGAACAGAGACAAAGCCUGCAGAAAUUUCUCCAGCGGGAACAGGACAACAGCAUCGAGCUCCGCACACAACUGCAACAGCUGGAGGGCCUGCACACGGAGCUGCAGGAUUUGAAGCAGGAGAAGCAGCAGCUGCAGCAGAAAUGUGAGCAGCAGGAACAGGCCCUACAGGAGAUGGGACUUCAUCUCAGCCAGUCUAAACUAAAAAUGGAGGACUUCAAGGAGGUCAACAAAGCUCUGAAGGGCCACGCCUGGUUGAAGGAUGAUGAGGCCACUCAAUGCAAGCAAUGCCAGAAAGAGUUCUCCAUUGCACGCAGAAAACACCACUGUAGAAACUGUGGAGACAUCUACUGCAACAGCUGUUCCAGUAAUGAGCUGGCCUUACCCUCCUAUCCUCGGCCGGUGCGGGUGUGCGAUAUGUGCCACUCCCUCCUGCUGCAGAGAAGCUCCUCCACAGCUUCCUGACAAAACACUUACACGCUUCAAAGUUUCUGCACGACCUUUCUAACACUGCGCAUACUCAUCCACCACGAUUUUAGCUACUAUGUCAGUACUUAUGUUAAAAGACAAAAUGUCAUCAGAUCUUCUGGAAAUGUGAUUUGGUGUUACAAUUUCACUGUUGCCUGAAAUUCAGGAACAUUAGUCCAUCUGUAUUAAACAAGGGGCCGCCUUUUAACACUGAUGGGAUGAGCUAAUGUAGUUGAUGCAGACUGUAUGUUAAGGAGACUUGACUUUGCUUAGAGGAUGGAAUAAUUUGGGUUAUUUUAUGAGGACAAUGUUUCUUUGAGCUGGAAUAACAGCAGUUUGACACUUAAGUACUGGAUAAACUUACCCUAAUUCAAAUCAUGGAUGUAAAUUAUGUGAGGUCCCACUACAGUUAUUGUUUUUGUAUUUGUAUUGUUGACUUUGAUCAUUUCUGCAGGUGGUUCAUAGAACAUGUACUUCAUCUACUUUAACAAUAUUUGCAGCUACGGCCCCACUGCUGGAGACAUGUAAACUUAUUGUGUAAAUGACUGUAGAAUGUUAAAAAUCUAACUAUUUUAGAAUGUAUAAUAACAGGGUUUUGUGGAUUGUGUCAACUACUAACAAAGCCAUUUUCUUAAUUUGGGAAUGGUGACCAAAAGUUUUUUUUAAUCUAGAUAUUUGAUAAAUGAAUAAAGCCUCCUCUUUUGCAAUGCUUGUUUCAAUUAGAUAUUCCAGACUUGUUUAUUCACUUUGU